AUGACACCACGAACACUAGCAGACAGUGCACACGUCGAGGGCCACUCCACUACAGACACAGUUACUUUUUGUGGACGACAACAGCAACCUGCAAAAGCGCGUAAUGAUAAGUUAUGUGUGAAUGGUAUUGAGGGAAGUAGAGCGAAGCCUGCUCCUGUUUCCCCUACCGCCCCGUCCAUUCCCGCGAGACCCGUGGAGACUCCUCCCUUACGACAGUUAUCUCCCCUCUCCACCCCAGCCACAGGAAGUAAGGAAUUGAGCGAUGCGGGGAUGACACCAUCAGAUGGGGCAAUUUCAAAGACUCUCUCACCAUCAGUGGAAGCCAGUGAAAGCACAACUCGGGACCGUAACGCUUUGUGUGAGGCUUUGAGCGAAGAGGUCUCCUCUCUUCCCCCUUCCACUGAAUUGACAGCAGAGGUGAAAGAGGGUGCAGAACCGGAGAAUCUGCCUCCCCGAGAGGACAUCCUGGAAGUCGAUGGAGAGGUCGACGAGCGUUCCCCAGACGAGGAGGGUUUGGAGGGACCAGAUGAAGUUUUUGAAGAUGGUGAGGAAGACGAUUUGGCGGAAGAAACGAGUUCAGAGGACACUGCUGACUGGGAUCCAAUUGAUGAGAACACUUGUAACGAGAAGAUGGCCAAAUUUGCGCUCCCUCCACAUCUCCAUCCUGUAGCUGUCAACAACUCGGGCGUGUAUCUGCUGGAGGAUGGGCACUUUUUUUACCAAACAGAUGGAAUUCCACCGCUAUCGGAUGCCGAGCAAUUGCCUUCUCCUUCGGUGGAAUUACCCCCAUCGCCGGUUGAGGUGGAAUCUUCAAGUUCGUCUAAGACGCGGCGAUCGGUGAGCUUCAGUACUGAGCCUAUCACCUCAGAAGGUGUGUCGGGACCACAAGUUAGUCUUGAUAAGCGUGUAGUGCGUAGAGAUGAGGUUCUCUCUGCCGGAGUCGUCUCGGCAGUGAUCACGAGGAACGAAGAGGAACCUCUGAAACAGAAUGGCACCUUCCCCGGAAAACCAAUUUUGAAUGGUUAUGACCUCUCUGGCCGAAUGCUUUAUAGAGAGGAGGAAGGGGAGUACUUAGAAAUUGGUUUCCCGCACCUGGAUCACGUGUUCAGCACGCAUUCAGUGACCGCCUACAAACGUCGUAAUGACUCCAUUGAUCCUCUGGUCGCCUCUGCUGAGUACGAACUGGAGAAGCGCCUCGAAGACCUCGACCUUUUCGAUGUGGAGCUGCAGAAAGGAGACAACGGCCUGGGAAUCAGCAUCCUUGGGAUGGGCAUGACCUUUGUGAAUGGGGUGGAGAAACUAGGCAUCUUCGUGAAGGCCAUCACACCUGGUGGGGCUGCCAAUGCCGAUGGGAGAAUGCGGGUCUACGACCAGCUGGUGGAGGUAGAUGGACAGAACCUCGUUGGCGUCUCACAAAAAUUCGCCGCCACCGUUCUUCGUAAUACCACUGGGACGGUGCAGUAA